AUGGGGUUUGGGCAUAGGUGGAGAUCAUGGGUUAUGGAGUGUGUGGCCACAGCUUCUAUGUCGGUUUUGAUAAAUGGUUCGCCGACUAAGCCAUUCAAGAUGGAAAGGGGUUUGAGACAAAGUGACCCGCUUUCUCCUUUCUUAUUUGUUUUGGUUGUGGACGUGCUACAUCGAAUGAUUGGAGAAGCAAUCAGGAACGGCCAUAUAUCUCCGUUGUCGGUUGGGAGAGAUAGUAUAGAGCUGUCACAUCUUCAAUUUAUUGAUGGUACAAUUCUAUUUUGCCCGUCAGAAGAGGAGACUAUCAAGAAUUACAAGCGGCUUCUGAGAUGCUUUGAUUUGAUGUUAGGCCUCAGUAUUAAUUUUGACAAGUCGAACUUGAUACAAAUAAAUUGUGACGAGCAUUGGGUCCAGCGUAUGUGCAGCUUAUUGGGUUGUAAGGGAGAUACACUUCUAGUUAAAUACCUUGGAAUAUCCUUAGGAGCAAAUCCGAGGUUGGUGAAGACCUGGAAGCCUAUAAUAGACAAAGUAGAGGAGAAGCUCAGUCUGUGGAAAGCUAAAGUACUAAACAAAGCUGGGAAGUUGGUGCUGAUCAAGUCAGUAUUGAACAGUCUGCCAGUAUAUUAUUUGAGCUUGUUUAAGAUGCCGAAAGUUGUUGCGGAGAAAUUGAUCUCACUGCAGAGAAGGGGAUUGUGGAUUUUGGGAUGGGAAGAAAUACUCCCGGAGGAGGUUACCAGUUACAGCUUCACUAAGACUGUUUGGAAAGGUCUAGUUCCACCAAGAGUGGAGCUGUUUUCUUGGUAUGGAGUGCGUGGAUAUCAGUGUUUGGCCGACAAUGGUCCUUUCCGGUUUUGA